CUGCAGAGAACAGAGAUUAAUUCGUGUUAGUCCUGUGUCCCCUAAGCGGUAUCGUGAUAUCUUGUCUGUAUGUUCACCUAUGUUAAAACAUACACUGCCUGAAGUCCUGUUCCAGAAGAAAUGCUGUUAUAUAAGCAGAUGUGACGGUUACCUACAUGAGGCCCCUCCCUCUGUCUCUGUUGUCCUCUAUAAAAUAGUCCACCUCUUCAUACAUUUUAACCACUCUCUCUUGGACUGAAGACAUUUUUGAAGACAUUUUUGAAGAUGAAGCUCGCCGUGUUUGCCUGCAUGCUGAUGGUUUUACCAUUCCUGGCUGAAGCUGGUUCAUGUGUCGGUAAACGUGUGGACGUGUGGGUGAUCAAAGGUCAUGAUCUAACAGGGGAUGGACUUCAGAGCCCAGAUCCCUACGUUAUUGUGAGAAUCGGCAGUGACACCAAGAAAACCAGGAUCAUUUCUUCAGAUGCCUACCCAGUUUGGUAUCAGAAGUUGCACUUCCAACGUGCCAGCACCGAUCUGAUGAAAAUUGAAGUGUGGGAUGCCGACACGUUGACCAAUGACGAUCACUUGGGAACCUGCCUGGAGCCAAUGGAGUCAGGAGGAACACAGUGGCACCCAAUCGUGUGCAAGACAGACGAUGGUGGUGACGUCAAGCUCUUCUACAAGUGUUUCUAAGUUUCACCUGCUCUUGGAAAUGAAAGAACAUUUUCUUUGUGGAGAAAAGAUGCACUUUUUUCUCAAAUAUGCUUUGUUCUUUUAUUUUAAACAGAUGUGUUCUGCUUUGAAACUGUUUUUUCCCUCGCCACCAUUGUAGAGAAUAGCAAAUAUUGUCUUCCUUUGACUAUUUGGUAACAAACAAAUAACACAUGUAACACAUGAAGAGUUCCCAAAUAUCAUUGUGUCACUGUAAGCUGUGUUAAGAAUGCUGUUUUUGUCUGAAAUGUUGAUCUUUUCUUUAAGAGUGUAAAAUGUUUAGUUUUAUCUCUUUAUCUGAAAGAUUAGAUUGCUUAGAAACAGGUGAAUCAAUAAAAA